AUUUUACAAGCUUCCAACAAAUAAGCAAAAUGGCUGGUUCCAGGGUUGCUCAUGCCACCUUGAAAGGACCUAGUGUUGUCAAGGAGCUAUGCAUUGGGAUGGCACUUGCUUUGGCUGCAGGUAGCCUCUGGAAAAUGCACCACUGGAAUGAGCAGAGGAAAGUGAGGCAAUUUUAUGACUUGUUGGAGAAGGGUGAGAUCAGUGUUGUUGUCCAAGAAGAAUAGAUCUUUGUAAUUUCUGUCCUGGUUCAAUGGACACGUUUGGCAGUUUGUUGAUCAUUUUGUGCUCCCCUCUAUUUGGCUCUUGAACCUAAGAUGAGCUUAGUUUGGAUUUUAAGUGAAUAAAUGUACUGAUUUUGCUUUAGAUAUAAAACACAUGUAAGUUUCAUGAUA